UUAGUCAUUUGUCAAAGUAUGGUGACUGUGCGUUUCACCCUCCCUAUUCUACUAACUCUCCUCCAUCAUUCAGAGCCCAGUGCUGAGACCUCUAUGUUUGUGCUGAAGGGACAGGAUGUUCACCUGAAUGUCCAGACAAAUGUUACACUGAAAGAAGAUGUUGAUGUGAUAUUUUGGAAGUUUAACAGAUCAGCCAAUGUUGUAAAGUUCCCCCCAAACGUUACCUUUGAAAGGUACCGAGGUAGGGCUGAAUUUAGUGAGGGAGACUUCUCUCUGCUACUGAAGAACCUCCAGGAAGGAGACAGUGGACUUUAUGAUGCAGUAGUGAGUGGUGAAAAAGACUGCAACGUAGCUGCAUACUUGAUAAAAGUCCAAGAGAGAGUUGAGCCUCCAGUCCUGACAGUGGACUCUGUCUCCUCCAUCAAUGGCACCUGUAACAUGACUGUGGCCUGCAGAGGUCAGAACAUCUCUGUCACCUCCAGCUGUAACAGCAGCACCUGCUCUCAGGUGGGAGGAGAGAGUAGAGGGGCUGAGACCUCCACUGUCCCCCUGCUCUCUGUCUAUGUGGCAGGGGGUUCCAUCAUCUGUAACCACAGCAACCAAGUCAGCUGGGCCAACGACACCAAGGAAAUCAAAAUCAUUUGUGUAUCUAAUUCUGGGAAGUCUGAUCAAGAAGACCACACCUACCAUGUCAUACUCAUUCUCACAGUCUGUGGCAUUGCCAUCAUCAUCAUCAUCAUCAUCAUAAUUGUUUUAAUUGUUUUGAUUCGGCAGAAGCAAAAUGGAGGUGACAUAAAGGAUAUUAUAAACACCGAUUAUGCUACAGAUGGGACUCCAGAUAACAGUCAAGCAGGCGGUGAACAGCAGAUGUCUCCAGGUCCAGCAUCACCCACCAUCUACAGUAUGGUGGGACGUCCCCAACCCCAGCCUGUGAACCACCAGCCCCUGCCUGUAGACCUCCCCAUGACUACCAUGGCCCCCAUGACCUCCAUGCCUGAGAGUUUAUAUGCUAUGGUGGGGAAAAAGACUAGCCAACAAUAAUCAGGAAUUUGAACAUCAUCUUAGGCCGGGAUUCUAUUCAAUCCUUUUAAAGGCAAUGUUCCCAUGUUCUUGUAACAACCAAAUAAAAAUGGUCACACGCUUCGUAAACAACAGGUGUAGACUAACAGUGAAAUGCUGACUUACGGGCCCUUCCUGUCACGUCUGCUCCCUCUCAAGCCACUAGGUCACCAGUCUGCUUUCUAUGGCGCACACCUGUCACCAUUGUUACACGCAUCAGCUCAUUAUGACACUCACCUGGGCUCCAUCACCUCCUUGAUUACCUGCCUUAUAAAUGUCACUCCCUUUGGUUCCUUCCCCAGGCGUCAUUG